AUGGCGUUCAAGAAGGAUGAUAACUUCGGGGAAUGGUACUCCGAGGUUGUUGUUAACAGUGAAAUUAUUGAGUACCAUGACAUCCCUGGCUGUUAUAUUUUGAGGCCAUGGGUGAUGGAGAUCUGGGAAUUGCUGAAAGAAUUCUUUGAUGCAGAAAUAAAAAAGCUGAAGUCGAAAUCUUAUUAUUUCCCUCUGUUCGUUACUGAGAAUGUUGUGCAGAAGAAGAAGGACCACUUUGAGAGCUUUGCUCCUGAGGUGGCAUGGGUUACUAAAACAGGAAAUUCUGAGCUGGAAGCUCCUAUUGCAAUCCGUCCCACGAGUGAGACGGUCAUGUAUCCAUACUUCGCUAAAUGGAUAAGAAGCCAUCGUAACUUACCUUUGAGAUGCAACCAGUGGUGCAGCGUUGUUCGAUGGGAGUGUAGCAAUCCAAUUCCUUUAAUAAGGAGCCGCGAAUUUCUUUGGCAAGAAGGGCAUACAGUUUUUGCAACUAAAGAGGAGUCAGAUGAAGAGGUUCUCCAUAUAUUGGAACUCUACCGAAGGAUAUAUGAAGAAUUUUUAGCAGUUCCAGUGUCCAAAGGGAGGAAAAGUGAGAUGGAAAAAUUCGCUGGUGGACUUUAUACAACUAGUGUUGAGGCCUUCAUUCCAAACACUGGCCGUGGUAUACAAGCUGCAACUUCAAAUUGUCUUGGUCAAAACUUUGCAAAGAUGUUUGAAAUCUUUUUCGAGGGUGAGAAUGAUCCCACUCAAAAAAAGAAGAAUAAGAAAGAUAAAAGGUCCUUGGUGUGGCAGAAUUCUUGGGCGUACACCACCCGCUCGAUUGGGGUGAUGGUGAUGACCCAUGGGGAUGACAAGGGCUUAGUGCUACCACCAAGGGUGGCACCUAUCCAGGUCAUCGUUAUUCCUGAUCCAUUAUUAGAGGAUGCGGACACGGCUGCUAUUAAAGGAGUGUGUGAGACGAUCGUAUACACUCUAAACCAAGCUGGGAUUCGUGCAGACUUGGAUGCUCGUGAGAACCACGCUCCUGAAUGGAAAUAUUCUCACUGGGAAAUGAAAGGUGUUCCCCUAAGAAUCGAGAUAGAUGUGAAAGAUCUGGCAAACAAGCAGGUGCGCGUCGUCCACCGAGACAAUGGUGCAAAGGUUGAUAUUCCUUCGACCGAUUUGGUUGAGCAUGUAAAGGUGUUGCUGGAUGGGAUUCAAGAUAGCUUGUUUGAAACAGCCAAGCAGAAGAGAGACGCUUGCAUUGAAGUCGUCCACACUUGGGACGAAUUCACAGCAGCUUUGAAUGACAAGAAGCUGAUCUUGGCUCCAUGGUGCGAGGAAGAGGAGGUUGAGAAGGACGUGAGAGCUCGGACCGAAGGCGAUCUCGGCUCUGCCAAAACAUUGUGUGCUCCAUUCGAUCAACCAGAUCUUCCAGAAGAACUGUGUGCUUUGCUUCUGGAAAGCCCGCCAAGACCUGGUCGUUUUGGGGCCGCAGCUAUUGAUUGA